AUAAUUUUUGUAGUAAAACGCCAAUCUACAGGAGUUUAAUGCUAUGAUGCCCUUGCAUUGACCUCCGCAUUGAUCAAUAUUGCUACUCAACACGCUUGUACACUAAAACUAAAUAAUAUUUGAUCGACGAGUGUAAGAUUUGAGCGGUUUACAAUUUUAGUAGCGCACACGAACUCAACUUGUACAGAUGCGAAUUUCAAAAAUCAUUCGGAAGUGUGCGAGGGUUCUUUCACGAAAUGGCUGACAAGCAACAACCAUCCAAAAUGACAGAAAGAAGGUUAGGGCAAAAUGGAAUCGUACAGCCGCUACUUACAGACCUUUAUCAGAUAACAAUGGCUUAUGCAUACUGGAAGUCGGGGAAGACAAAGGAUUACGCCGUGUUUGACUUGUUCUUCCGCAAAAACCCUUUUCAAGGGGAGUUCACGAUUUUCGCGGGUUUGGAGGAAUGUUUGAAAUUUUUGGAAAAGUUUCACUACUCGAUCAGCGAUAUUGAGUAUUUGAAACAGACUCUUCCGCCGAAUAUUGAAGAAGAGUUUUACGAGUUCUUGAGUUCGGUGUCCGCGAAGGAUGUCACUUUGUAUGCUAUUGCGGAAGGAUCAGUCGCAUUUCCUAGAGUGCCACUUAUGCGAGUUGAAGGUCCUUUAAUCAUAGUGCAAUUGCUUGAAACGACACUGCUGACUUUGGUUAAUUAUGCAAGUCUGAUGGCGACAAAUGCUGCUAGGUACCGGAUGGCGGCAGGAAACAUGAAGUUGUUCGAGUUUGGACUGCGCCGGGCGCAGGGCCCCGAUGGUGGGCUUUCAGCGUCAAAAUAUUCUUACAUAGGGGGCUUCGACGGCACCAGCAACGUAUUAGCCGGGAAACUGUUCAACAUCCCGGUGAAGGGAACCCACGCCCAUGCCUACAUCACGUCUUUUAACGGCUUCACCGACUUGCGGAACACCAUGCUGGAGCCCAAAGACGGCGCCGAGCCGCGGGACCUCCUCCAGCUGGCCCUCUCCUGGAGGACCAAGCUGGUUCCGAUCUUCAAGGUUGUGGCUUCCGAAGCGAGCGACGGCGAACUGGCCGCCCUUAUUUCGUUCGCUAUUGCCUUCCCUGACGGAUUUAUGGCCUUAGUUGACACGUAUGACGUUAAGAGGUAUCCCUCUCACAUGAAUACCACCUCCGUGUGGUCUGUCACUCUGCCCAACACCCAAUCGCAUAACGAGUACAGGAGUGGCCUUCUCAACUUUUGCUCAGUAGCGCUAGCUCUAAACGAUUUGGGAUAUCGGGCUGUGGGUAUCCGUUUAGAUAGUGGGGACUUGGCUUAUCUAUCGAAUGUCGCUCGCCAGUUUUUCUGCGAGAUUAGUGACAAGUUUAACAUUCCCUGGUUUGAGGACUUGAUGAUAAUGGCUUCCAACGACAUCAACGAGGAGACAAUCCUGAGUCUGAACGAGCAAGGGCACAAAAUCAAUUGUUUCGGGAUAGGCACCCAUCUAGUGACUUGUCAGAGACAACCAGCCCUGGGCUGUGUCUACAAGCUGGUCGAGCUGAACGGCCAACCCAGAAUAAAACUUAGCCAGGACGUCGGGAAAGUCACAAUGCCUGGACGCAAAGACGCCUAUCGCCUAUACAGCGAAAGUGGGCAUGCCCUCGUUGAUCUGCUACAAAGAUCAACGGAACCGCCCCCAGCCAUCAACGAAAAAGUCUUAUGCCGCCAUCCGUUCAUCGAGUCCAAACGGGCAUACGUUAUACCAUCACACGUCGAAAAACUUCUAACUCUUCACUGGAAAAACGGCGCCAUUUGUCAGCCUUUACCCAAUCUUCAGCAAAUAAAAGAAAGAGUGCAGGCAUCUCUAAGGACCUUAAGACCCGACAUUAAGAGAAACCUUAAUCCUACUCCUUUCAAGGUUGCGGUCAGUGACGCGCUCUACACUUUCCUUCACGACUUGUGGCUUGAAAACGCCCCAAUCGGAGAAUUAUCCUAAUCUACUUAAAAUGGAAUAGCACAGUUAAGAUAUCAAAUGCUUCAUAGUACAAAUUCAAUGUUCACAUGUUACACGUCAUUAUCAAAAGCACAAGGACCUGUCACGUAUCUUGGCUGUGAGUUGUAUUAUUUUAUUGUUACGGUAGGAGUAGCUUUAGUGGAAUGCCUUCGAUCGGCACUACGAAAUGUAUUUUAUUAACAGUUUACAUAGCAAGAAGCAUCGAAAUCACUGCAUGUUUGUACUUUCCAAAUUUUAUAGGCGACUUAUUUGAUACAGCAGUCUGAUAAUAUUUUUAUAAUUUCUCUUAGAGACCUACACAUUAUUUUGUAAUAAACCAUACAAAACGUA